GCUGAGACCCGAACUCACCCGAACUCACCCGAACUCACCCGAGCCCACCCGAGCCCAGACCGAAAGAUGAGAGAAAUCGUGCACAUCCAGGCGGGACAGUGCGGGAACCAGAUCGGAACCAAGUUCUGGGAAGUGAUCAGUGAUGAGCACGGCAUCGACCCCGCGGGAAACUACGUGGGUGACUCAGCUCUUCAGCUGGACAGGGUCAACGUCUACUACAACGAGGCGUCCUCACAUAAAUACGUCCCCCGGGCAGUGCUGGUCGACCUGGAACCAGGAACCAUGGACAGUGUUCGCUCAGGAGCCUUCGGACAACUCUUCAGACCGGACAACUUCAUCUUCGGUCAGACAGGUGCGGGGAACAACUGGGCCAAAGGUCAUUACACGGAGGGGGCGGAGCUUGUGGACUCAGUCCUGGACGUAGUGAGGAAGGAGUGCGAGCACUGCGACUGUCUCCAGGGUUUCCAGCUGACGCACUCUCUGGGGGGCGGCACCGGCUCAGGCAUGGGCACCCUGCUGAUCAGCAAGAUCCGAGAGGAGUACCCCGACCGCAUCAUGAACACCUUCAGCGUCAUGCCCUCCCCUAAGGUGUCGGACACGGUUGUGGAGCCCUACAACGCCACCCUGUCGGUCCACCAGCUGGUGGAAAACACAGACGAGACCUACUGCAUCGACAACGAGGCCCUGUAUGACAUCUGCUUCCGCACGCUUAAACUCACGACCCCAACCUAUGGGGACCUCAACCAUCUGGUGUCAGCCACCAUGAGCGGUGUGACGACCUCGCUCCGUUUCCCCGGACAACUCAACGCGGAUCUCCGCAAGCUGGCGGUCAACAUGGUGCCUUUCCCUCGACUCCACUUCUUCAUGCCGGGGUUCGCUCCUCUGACGGCGAGGGGCAGCCAGCAGUAUCGAGCCCUCACUGUUCCCGAGCUCACCCAGCAGAUGUUUGAUGCCAGGAACAUGAUGGCAGCCUGCGACCCUCGUCACGGCCGCUACCUGACCGUGGCCACCGUCUUCCGCGGGCCCAUGUCCAUGAAGGAGGUGGACGAGCAGAUGCUGAACGUCCAGAAUAAGAACAGCAGCUACUUCGUGGAGUGGAUCCCCAACAACGUCAAGGUGGCGGUCUGCGACAUCGCUCCCCGGGGGCUCAAGAUGGCCGCCACCUUCAUUGGCAACAGCACGGCAAUUCAGGAGCUGUUCAAGAGGAUCUCUGAGCAGUUCUCGGCCAUGUUCCGCAGAAAGGCCUUCCUGCACUGGUUCACGGGCGAGGGCAUGGACGAGAUGGAGUUCACGGAGGCGGAGAGCAACAUGAACGACCUGGUGUCCGAGUACCAGCAGUACCAGGACGCCACCGCCAACGACGGAGAGGAGAACUUUGAGGACGAGGAGGAUGAGAUCAAUGAGUGAGGCGAUCGACGGGUAAAGGUCUGAGAGACCAACGUGUAAUUCGAACAGUUCGAGUCAAACGAGUGAUAAUUGAUUCUUUUGUAAACGUUUAAAUAUUGUCAGCAGCUGCAAAGCUACAGAGAGCGCUAGUUUCUCUCCACACUAACCACAGUCGUUCUUUAACUUUAACCACAGAGUGGAUGUCAGACUUUCUGACUGUCUGUCCAUCAGCUCAGUUUUUGGAUCGUAAAGAAACCGUGUUAACCGAAAACACAACCAUGAGUCGUAGGUUCACAAGAUGCUAAAACUCUAAAGUGGAAAAAUGAUUGUUUCUUCAAUACAAACAGACAAACACACAAUUUACAGAAUCAUUUGUUCUGUGUGUCUGUGUGCGUGAGGAAGUUGUGAGCGGUUGAAAUAAAAACGUUAAAGUGUG